AUGCAAUUUUUAAGUUUUUCUUCAAAAUUUUUGAUAUUUCCAAAAAAAAAAUACAAUUUAAAUAUUACAAAAAGGUUCUAUAGCUUAACAAAUUAUAAAGGAAAUAAAAAUUUUUAUUUUAACUUUUUUAAUAAAAGUAAUAUAAAAAAAAUUACAUUCCCUUUUUACAUUAAAACUUUUUGUACACAUAAAAAUAUAAAUAUAAAAAUGGCUAGUACUGUUCCUCAAGUAGUAUCCUUAGAUCCUAUUAAUAUACCUAUAGAUUAUCAUACACCUAUUCAUGAUAUUGAGAUCCAAUUAAAGGAUUUAAACGAAAAUUUCAAUGUAGAAGAAAGUUUAGUAGUAUUUUUAGUAAAUAGUUCUGGAAAAGACAAUGCUUCAGUAAAGAUAAAUUCAAAAACAAAAGAUAAUAAUAUAAGUGAAUUUUUAAAACAGGAAAGUGUAGAACGUUUUAAUGCAAAAUUAGGUACAUCAAAAAUGUUUUGUAUUUUAAAUGAUAAGAGGGAAUAUGUUAAUAUGGCUUUCAUUGGAUGUGGAUCUGUUAAUGAAUUAUCAGAGGCUGAUAUCAGAAGAAUUGUAGCAUCAUUAGUUCCUAUACUUCAAGAAUAUAAAAUUUCAAAAGUAUCUUUAAUAUUUGAAAUAAAGCUUCAAGAAAGUUUAUUUCGUUUUUUUUUGGAAAAUUUAUUUUAUGAAUACAUGACUGAUGAGAGAUUUAAAUCAACAGAUAAAACUUUGUGCACAGAUUAUAUUAAGUAUUUAACAUUACAUAUAGCCAAUGCAAAGUCAUAUAAUGAAGAAGUAGAGAAAUCACGUAUCUAUUAUUCUGGUACUUAUUAUGCUUCUCAACUUAUAGCAGCACCAUCUAAUUACUGUAAUCCUGUAUCACUAGCUAAUGCAGCAGUAGAAUUAGCAGAAAAGUUAAAUUUACAACACAAAAUUUUAGGUAUAAAGGAAAUAGAAGAAUUAAAAAUGGGAGCAUAUUUGUCAGUAGGAAAAGGAAGUAUGUAUCCUAAUCGAUUUAUUCAUUUAACCUAUAAAGGAAAUGGAGAGAUUAAAAAAAAAGUUGCUUUAGUAGGUAAAGGUAUUACUUUUGAUUCUGGAGGAUAUAAUAUAAAAGCAUCACCAGGAUCUAUGAUAGAUUUAAUGAAAUAUGAUAUGAGUGGUUGUGCGGCAGUUUUAGGUUGUGCCUACUGUAUAGGAACUAUAAAACCAGAAAAUGUGGAAGUUCACUUUAUAAGUGCUGUUUGUGAAAAUAUGGUAUCAAAAAAUUCUUAUAGACCUGGUGAUAUUAUAACAGCUUCAAACGGAAAAACCAUAGAAGUAGGAAACACAGAUGCAGAAGGUAGAUUAACUUUAGCAGAUGCAUUAGUAUAUGCAGAAAAGUUAGGAGUUGAUUAUAUUAUUGACAUAGCUACAUUAACAGGUGCAAUGCUUUAUUCAUUAGGUACAAGUUAUGCUGGAGUUUUUGGUACUAAUGAAGAAUUAAUUAAUAAAUUAUUAAAUUCUUCCAAAACAUCUAAUGAACCCCUUUGGUGGCUACCUAUUAUAAAUGAAUAUAGAUCUUCUUUAAAUUCCAAAUAUGCUGACCUAAAUAAUAUCUCACAAAGUGUUAAAGCAUCUUCUAUUGUUGCUUCAUUAUUUUUGAAAGAAUUUGUUCAAAGUACACCUUGGGCACAUAUUGAUAUUGCCGGUGUUUCAUGGAAUUUUAAAUGUAGAAAACCAAAAGGUUUUGGUGUACGAUUAUUAAGCGAAUUUAUCCUAAACGAAGCAAUUUAA